AUGCUUACCACCAGUCUUCCGGAGACGAUUUCGGAGAAAAGCUUGGAUCAAAACAAGGCCCGGGACGAUGCGGAGAAGACAAAUAUUCGACAGAGUUACCGACGGGCAAUGUUCGAGCGGGAUCCGUACCAACGGUUCCGACAAACACCCGCCAUGUUUGUGACUGUGUACUGCAUGACGGGGCAAGCCUGGCAAAGCAAGCUCUCCUGCAACACAACACCAUUGGUCAGAGGCGGCAACCAUACCGCCGCCCGGCGGGAUGCCGUUUUGAUCGCCCGCUAUUCUUCCGACUCGCUCCUCGAAGCGCCGCUUACCCCUCCCCGCACAGUCCAGAGUGCCCCUGCGACACCGAGAGCGAACGCCGCGGCGACGGCGGCGGCGGCGGCAGCAGUGACCAGCGACAGACUGAACAGGGCAGAGGCAAUCUUUUCAUCCUGUCUUUUCGACAUGACUUGA